AUGUCGGCGGCGGCCGUGGCGUGCCUGGAUUACUUCGCUGCCGAGUGCCUGGUGUCCAUGUCCGCGCGCGCCGUGGUGCACCAGCGCGCCCCGGACCCCGAGGGCGCGGGCGCCGCCGCCAAAGGCUCGGAGGUGGGUGCGGCGGCGCCUGCAGAGUCCGAGGUGCCGGGCCCGGGGCCACAGGGGCCACCGGGGCCCGAGGAGGUCCCCGCGGUCCCCCAGGUCCCCGCCCCGGGCGCCGCGCCCCACCUGCUGGCUGCCAGCAUCCUGGCCGACUUGCGCGCCGGCUCCGGGGACAACUUCGGAGAGCACUGGAGCGCCGCGCCCCCACGCGCCUCGACGGGCUUCGGAGACCCCCGCCAGGGCUCCGCGGCACCCCAGCCAGCCCCACAACCCGAGCCCGAGCCCCAGCUCUGCGCCUUGGACCUCUCCAUCUCACAGCGCGCCUGGAGCGAGUUGGAGAUGCCAGAGGCGCACGACGGUCCCCGAGCGCUCCAGGAUCCCAAAGGGGACCCCGACGCGGCCCCCGAAGCUGCCCCAGUCCUUGCCACGGCUCCGGGACCCCGUCGCAGGCCCGUGAUCCCCGCAGCCAAGCGCCACCGCUGCCCCUUCCCCGGCUGCAGCAAAGCCUAUUACAAGUCGUCGCACCUCAAGUCCCACCAGCGCACCCACACCGGGGAGCGCCCCUUCUCCUGCGACUGGCUCGACUGCGACAAGAAGUUCACGCGCUCCGACGAGCUGGCGCGCCACUACCGGACGCACACGGGCGAGAAGCGCUUCUCCUGCCCGCUGUGCCCCAAGCAGUUCUCCAGGAGCGACCACCUGACCAAGCACGCGCGCCGCCACCCCGCCUACCACCCCGACAUGAUCGAGUACCGGGGCCGCCGGCGCACGCCCCGCGUCGAGCCGCCGCCGUCCCCGGGAGACCACCCCCAGCCCCCGCAGUCCCCAAGCGACGACGACGACGACGACCCCGCCGCCACGACCCCUCCGCAGCAGCCCCCGGCUGACCGCCUGCAGCCCCCCGGCCAAGUCUUGCCACCCACCCACCAGGUGGACAGCUCCGGCUCUGGCCCAGACCAGGCCCCCAGCAGCUUAGCUACCUGCCUGUCCUUCGGUUAUUGCUUCUAG